AGGGGGAAAAAACCCAGCAACUUAGCGGAAACUUCUCAGAGAAUGCUCCAAAACUCCGCCGUGCUGCUGGUGCUGGUGAUCGGCGCGUCCGCAGGCACCGAAUCGGAGCAAAAUGACUCGGUGAACCCCAGGAAGCCCCGGGGGGCGGCGCAGAGCUCAGCCGAAGUGGUCCGCUGCCUCAACAGCGCUCUGCAGGUGGGCUGCGGGGCUUUUGCAUGCCUGGAGAACACUACCUGUGACACAGAUGGAUUGUACGAUAUCUGCAAAUCCUUCCUGUACAGUGCUGCAAAAUUUGAUACUCAGGGAAAGGCCUUCGUCAAAGAAAGCCUGAAGUGUAUCGCCAACGGCGUGACCUCCAAGGUCUUCCUGGCCAUUCGGAGAUGUUCCACGUUCCAGAGGAUGAUCUCCGAGGUUCAAGAGGAGUGUUACCACAAACUGGACAUCUGCGGGGUGGCCAAGAGGAAUUCCCGAGCCAUCGCUGAAGUGAUCCAGCUGCCCACUCACUAUUCCAACAGAUACUACAACAGGCUCGUCCGUAGCCUGCUGGAGUGUGACGACGAGACGGUGGCCACCAUCAAAGACAGCCUGAUGGAGAAGAUCGGCCCCAACAUGGCCAGCCUCUUCCACCUGUUGCAGACGGACCACUGUGCCCAUUCCCAGGCUCGGGCCGACUUCAACAGGAGGCGCGUCGCGGAACCUCAGAAACUCAAAAUCUUCUUCAGGAACCUCCAAGGUGAGGAUUCCGCCUCCUCCCACAUCAAGCGCACAUCGGCCGAGAGCGCAUAACGGCGGCGGGGGCGUCCGGACCCCCGCCGAGGUAGUUUCGUUUUAGGGGAGAUAAUGUGCCCAUCUUGAGUGUACUGUGCCUGGUUUAAUUUUUUAAACAUUUUUAUUUCAAAGUAGUUCCUACUAUCUGUCCUCCCUUUUCUCCCGCCUCCACCUCCCUCCCCUCAAGCCCCUCAUCCCUUAUAGACAACUGCAUGGAACUAGGCUUCUGUAUCCAGUGUCCCGUCAUGGCAAUGUCCCCAAGAACUGAACAGGUGUGACCCUACUGCAUCUUCCCCGGUGGAAACCUCCACCCUCGGCCAUGCCCUUCCCCCAACGGCCCUCCAACCCCAUCCGUCCAUGCUGUCCCCGAACCAUCAAGGUUUUGAAGACGUGGAGCCCUUUAGAAAUAGUUACCCCCGUGGAAUCAGCUGCUAGGAAUCCACUCGAGACUCGGCCGCGCGUCUCGGACGCGCCGCGAGGCGUCGAAGGAAUUCGUGUUAUGAAUCUGUGCUGGCCAUGGACGAAUAUGAAACCGCUUUCGGUUUGUGGGUCCCUGGUGAACUAGCAGCCUACGGUCUCGCUCCCUCCAGUGUCUCAUUUCUUUUUGUAUCCGGGGCUCGCGUACCAAAGCGCUCGAGCCUCGUUCUCCGGCCUGUCACGUCGUGCAUUUUGAUAGCGAAUCAAACUCCUAUCUCCAUGUACUGUAACCGCUCAGAGCUUUAAAAGUCUCUUUAACAAUUGUCUUAAAAACUAGCAUAUCUUAAGGUCUAACUGUGGAAUGUAAAGAGCUGAGGACUUACAUACUGUAAAUAAACGCCAGAGAAGGCUGCUUAGAACAAGCAGCAAAUAAUAAUAACUUUAUUGCCUAGAGAUUUAGCCUCACGACAAAGCUUUGUUUUCUCUUUCUGGGAAGAGAGUCACUUCUCUCAUGACUAGAAGUACAUUUACAUGCUCCUGUGGCCUUUUUGUAUCUUUAAAUAUAAUUCAGGGGGUAGAUAUAGCUUCCCUCCGCAUCCGAACCGGAGCUGGACCUCAGUGAAAUUAGGUCAGAGAAACCAGCAGUCAUUUCUGAUGAAAGCCCAGCUGGGGGUGGACCUCCCGGUCGACUACCCCAGAUCUGAGGCUGCUCGCUGCUCACUUGAAUCUGGCUUGGAAGCAGCCCUAGAUCGCAUUUGGGAAAGGGAGUUCCCAGAGCAAAGUCUUCUGCGUCUUGGGAAGAGUAAUUUUUCGGCGGGCCGUCCCCGUGGCGAAAAGACGGCGAGAGCAUGAGACGAGUAGCUCUCCGUUCCCUCUUUCGAAGGGCAGGGAGCUGAGGGGUUUUCGGUAUUCCCAGGCCGUCCAGCCUUAAUAGUAAUCUCUAGUGUUUUAUGUUGUCUAGCCUUUAUCGUGUCGCUGGCCGUCGGUAAAUGGCCGGCGGGAGAUGGCAUUGCAGCUUUGCGGGGAGAGAAAGAUGGAGGCAGAGAUUAAAAUAAAUCCCCCCCACCACUUCCACCCCAUCCCAGAGCCGACGGCUUCAUCAGUUUAUUCCUGAAGCCUCGGAAUCAAGAGGGACUUCCGGAUGUACAUCCCGAAGUUUCUCAAGGUCACCGUCCUUGAACUUGGCGGUCCCUCCCAGGUAGUGCUGCCUCCUGAAAGUUGGGCCUUCUAUACUUGCUUAGAUAGAAACUCUUGGUGCUUCAUUCUCCCUGAAAUAAUUGCAGGAGGUCACCCCAUCCUGUAGAUUCCCAGAGAGAGAGAAGGGACGAGGGCAGAGUAGGUCUCUAGCUAAAGAGGAAGCAAUACAACCAACCUUACCACAAAGCCUUUAAACUAAUCACUUGCUGCCAAGGUACCCAAAGCAGCUGUGUGAAUGUUGCUGCCCCCUCUUCUCCCCCCAAGCUUCCCCCCCCAUGAGGCCCAUCCUCGGGGCGCUCAGCAGUGAGCUGAGCCUAUUGACCCGAAGGGUCACCUUCAACUGGCCACUCCCAAAGAAAUGGGCACCGUGUCAUCUUGUUGGGCAUUGGGCGAACCGUAGCCUGGGUCCCCUUUUAUCAGGUAGGGUCGAUGACUUCUCUCAAGAAGAAAAGCCGAUGGCUCGUGUGCCCGUAUCCACACUUGCUAUCUAGGAUCCCAACGGAGCCGUUGGGAUUUCAGCAAAAUUACCGGGGAAUGUCUUACAUCAGUCAUGGGAAUUCUUUCUUUUUGCUAUGGUUCCUUCACACCCCUCUAAAGUAUAUAUACAUAUAUGUAUAUGUGUGUGUAUAUAUGUAUGUAUACAUAUGUGUACAUAUAUAAUUUAUGUAUUUAUGGAAAGAAGCGAUUCUUACUUGUCAGUUUUCUUUUUUUUGCUUGUCCCCUCCCUUCCCAGUCCUUCUCCCCGUCUCCUCCCUCCCUACUGCCCCAAAGUUUUUGUCUUGCAUUCCCUGCCCAGAGUGAUUUGGGGGCAGAUCUUGACCUGUCUGCAUGAUUCUUCUCUUGUGAUCUGGUUGCACUUUAGAAAAUUUUGUGCCAUUAUAUUUGCAUUAAUGUAUUUAUAAUUUAAAUGAUAUUUAGGGGGUUGGGGCUGAGUACUGGAAUAAACAGUGAGCAUAUCUGGCAUAUGUCAUUAUUUAUUGUUGAAUUACAUUUUAAGCUCCAUGUGCAUAUAAAGGUUAUUAAACAUAUCGUGGUAAUGAGAGAUGCAAGUUAUUUUCUUUGCUUAUUUUUAUAAUUAAAAGAUACCAUAGCAUAAUAUGAAGUGGAUUCCUUCUGAGACAAAAAAAUAAAGUGUUAAGUUUUA